UGGCCGCGCGUUUGCCGCCUGGGGCGCGGGCGCCAUGGCCAGCGAGCUCGGGGACCUGAGCAGCCGCGACGCGCGGACGGUGUGCGAGGCGCUGGGGCGCUACGAGGACACGCUGCGCGGCGCCGUCAGGGAAAUCCACGCGGACAUCCAGGUGUUCAAGCGCGGCGUGGGCCGGCAGGUGGAGGAGGUGUUGCGGCUCGCCAGCCCGCUGGCGCGCACCGUCUCCGAGCUGCAGGAGGAGAACCGGCGGCUGCGGGCGCAGCUGGAGCGCCUGGCGCGGCGGGUGGAGGCCCUGGGCCGCUCGGCGGGGCUGCCGGCGCAGGGGGCGGCGGAGGCGGCGGGCAGCCCCCCGGCCGCGGCGCCGGGACUGGAACCGGGGCCGGGGCCAGCCGGCAGCAGGUUCUCCAGCCACGCCAAGCUGGCGGUGACGGGCCGCAGUCAGAGUGUAGACCUGGAUGACCGCCACAAACCUGAGUUUAGAAGAGUUUUUAGUUCUUCCAUCAUUGAAAAUGGGCAUCAGUCUUCAGCAGAUCAGGCGAAAGUUUCCCACGAACUGACCUCUUUUCACAUGUCAGACUCUUCUCCUGAAGUGCAUGCCCCUGCAGUUGCUUUACAGAUGCCCCACCUUCCUGUUACUGCAGUAACAAGGAUAUCAGAGAAGCUUUCAGGAGAGACCGUCUCUUCAGCAGCAACAACUAACGUGUCUGCUAGCCUGCCAGCACAGAGCAAGAGCAAAAAUGAGACAGUAGUGAAAACUUCCAACCAGUCAGUGAAGGCCUGGAACUCAAGUUCAUUGAGAACAAUGGGUUCAUCUACCGCUGCAGACAAAACCUCUUCUGUCACUAAAUCUGUCUCAGCCACAAGCUAUGGGAUGAGUAGUGGAACCAAAACUGAUGAAAGUGCCACUGACAGUUAUUAUGAUGUAAUCCCCAAGUCUCACUCACCUCCUCCUACUGUACAUCGCCAGGUUGAAAGGAGGCGAGAACUGGUGCGAUCUCAGACACUCCCACGGACUUCAGGAACACAGGCCAGGAAAGCGCUUUUUGAGAAAUUUGAACAAGACAGUGGAAAAGGAAAAGGAGAAUCCAGAGCUAAGCUGAAGAGGUCGCAGAGUUUUGGGGUUGCCAGCGCUAGCAGCAUUAAACAAAUUCUGUUAGACUGGUGUCGCUCAAAAACCAUAGGAUACAAGCACAUUGAUCUCCAGAACUUCUCCUCAAGCUGGAAUGAUGGGAUGGCAUUCUGUGCCCUUGUGCAUUCUUUCUUUCCUGAAGCUUUUGAUUAUAAUAAGCUUGACCCAGCUAAUCGCAAGCAGAACUUUGAGCUAGCUUUCACCAUGGCUGAGAAAAUGGCUCACUGUGAUCGUCUUAUAGAAGUGGAUGACAUGAUGGUGAUGGGCCACAAGCCAGAUCCCAUGUGUAUCUUCACGUACGUACAGUCUCUAUAUAAUCAUCUACGUCGCUUUGAAUGAAACCAAGGUCGCCUCUCCAGCCAGAAGGGUCAAGUUCAUUAUACUAAUGGGAAGACUGAUGUGUUACAAAUAGAAUGCAGUGUUAUUUUUUGUUCUAAAGCUUUUUACUAUCCUGCUUACAUUCAGCUGUGUUGACUACAGUGUUACUAAGCAGUCUCUCAAAGUGUUGAUGACAACAAUAUGUCAGUAAUAAAGGGGCAUGUUUUAAAAAGACAAAAAGCAUAGGGAAAGGUAAAUGCUGUCAUUUUGGUGCUUAGUAGAAGGCUGGGUGUUUUUAAUAUUCUUGUGUUGUUAGAUCUCUGGAAGCUAAAUUCCAUUUCAUGUCUCCACUAGAUUGGGGGGACAUGGUUUUAUGCAGUGACAGGUAACUGCUGUGAAGCUGUUCUCUCCUAAAAUGAAGCUUCAGCUCUAGAAGACGGCAUCUUUCCUUCACUUUUCUGUCCACCAUAACAUAAAAGAAAACACAAACAAGGAAAACUCCAUUUAGCAGAUGUAAGCUUGGCUAUGAUUAGGGCAGCAAGCUCAACAAAUCUGAGUGCCCCAACAAACAGGACUUAAACUGUUCUCUUCAAGCAGAACAAGAAUGCCAGCUUUUACCUACUGAGAGGGCCACAGACACUACAGUGUUGCACAGCAGUGUUUGUAGUGGUUGACUCUAGUGAUUUUUGCUCAGGAAAGUGGUUGAUGCCUCUAUUGGAGUCCUGGAUUCAUUUCUUGCUUAUGAAGAAUAGCAACAGUUGGGGCUGUUCUGUGUGAGGCUGUGUGCAUGAAUUAGGAUUACAGGAAAUGAGGGCAGUUAACAAGAUACAAAAUCCUCAACACUUGUAAGAGAAGCAGGACUGCAGCAUGCUUUGGCCUAGUUGCUGGAGGAGAGCAACUCUCUAAUGGGGACAAGGAAUGUCAUUUUAAUGAUUAAAUGGCCAAGCAAAGUGCAGAGAAGUGUUAAUAAAGUGGGAAUUCUGAAAUGCCUUAGGCUAGUUUCUGAUUUCAGUUAAAUUAGUGCUAAAUUCAAUAUAUUUCUAUUAACUACAGUAAGAUUGUUCCAGAUCUACAGUAGGCAGAAAGGUUAUGUUUUAUCCUUUCUGGCUUUCUGUUUGCUAGAUGAACAAAGCUUUAUUUUCACAGUGAAUGUUGAAAUCAAUAAGAAUAGCAUACUAAAAAAAAAAACAAAAAAAAACAAAAAAAACCCCUUAAUUUCGUCCCUAAAAACAAGCUCAUAGAAAAUAGAACUCUGCUCAUGCAAAAGAAUGGUUUUUAACCUGCAUUUGUUUGUGCUCUUGGUAGGUAUUUAUAAAGAUGACUUUGGUUCUGUAUUGAUGACCAUUUAUAAUAAAAUAUAUGU